AUGUGCAAAUCGUCGCGGAGUAACUACGGCAGGAAAUCGUCCGCUGAGCUUCCUCACAUUCUCCUCGUCGACAGAGGAGGGUGCUACUUCACGGAGAAGGUCUGGAACGCUGAGCUGGCAGGAGCAUCUGCCGUCCUGAUCGCGGACGACCAGAACGAGAAUCUGAUCACCAUGGAUUCUCCCGACGAUGAUCCCGAGGCGAAGCAGGCCGGCGAUCUCAUCAGCAACAUCACCAUCCCCUCGGCUCUCAUCCAGAAAUCCACCGCCAGCGCAAUCAAAUCCGCGCUGAAGAAGAAACAGAUGGUCGUGGCGGCUCUUGAUUGGCAGGAGUCGCUGCCGCACCCUGACGCGCGGGUGGAGUACGAGUUCUGGACCAAUAGCAAUGAUGAAUGCGGGACGAAAUGCGACAUGCAGGCGAAAUUCCUGGAGGAAUUCCGGGGGUACGCGAUUAUCUUAGAGCAGCAGGGUUUCACGCUCUUUACCCCGCAUUAUAUGACCUGGUUCUGCCCGGAAACCCUAAAAGAAACGCGGCAGUGCAAGUUCCAGUGCGUGAACAACGGCCGGUACUGUUCACCUGAUCCCGAGGGGGAUUUCGACAAGGGGUAUGAUGGGCGGCAGGUGGUGAUUGAGAAUCUGCGGCAGCUGUGCGUGUGGCGCGUGGCGAAUGAGACGGGCGCGCCGUGGGUGUGGUGGGAGUAUGCGGCUGACUUCAAGAAGCGGUGCCGCAUGGAAGAGAAGCAGUACAACCAGGAGUGCGGCGAGAAGCUCAUGACCGGCCUGGGUGUGGAUCCGCAGAAGGUGCGCGCGUGCAUGGGCGAGCCCAACAGAAACGCAGCCAACCCGGUGAUGGAAGAAGAGCAGGAGGCUCAGGUGGGCAAGCGUGGGAGGAGCGAUGUUACCAUGUUACCAACCAUUGUGAUCAACAAUGUUCAAUACAGAGGCAAGCUAGAGGCCAAGGCAGUUCUCAAGGCGAUCUGUGCGGGCUUUGAAGAAUCCACAGAGCCACCCAUCUGCCUUGGUGCCGAGGUGCAAACUAACGAGUGCCUGACCAACAACGGGGGCUGCUGGAAGGGGCACAAUCUCACAGCCUGCAAGGACACGUUCCGAGGCAGGGUGUGUGAGUGUCCCAAGGACCCUGCCACGGGGGUAUAUCUUACCGGGGAUGGCUACACUAAGUGCGAGGCGGCGGGAGUGGGUCGCUGCUUGGUGGGCAACGGGGGAUGCUGGCAGUCCACCCACGAGGGAAAGACGUACACCGCCUGCCAUGACAGCUCCACCUCCCCCACCACCACCUGUGUGUGUCCGCCAGGCUUCACGGGCAACGGCCAUCACUGCAAGGAUAUCAACGAGUGUGCCCCCUCGCACCCCGCCUGCAAGUGCCCCGAGUGCAAGUGCCGCAACACGUUCGGGUCUUACGAGUGCUCGUGUGUGGGAGAGGAUAUGGUUUAUAUCGACCAGCUUCAGGCUUGCAUCAGCAGGGUAUCUGAGGGCUCAGCCCCGACUCGUACCAUCUGGGGUGGAGUGGUGGCCAUAGUGUUGGGCUUCAUUGCCGUUUUUGCAGUCCUGGGAUAUUUAAUGUACCAGUACCACCUUCGGGACGCUGCUGGAAUCGGACAGACGAGAAGCUUCGUGAGAAACUUCACGUUUUCGCCACAUCAGCGACAGGAGCCCAAUCUGUUGUCAGCCACCACGUCGGCCUCCACGUCAGCUGCCACGUCAUCAGCAGCAGCAGCAGCAGCAGCAGCAGCGGUGGCGGUAUCUCACGAGUUUCCAGGCGCGCGCAUGGCAUUCACUUCUGAUCUUCAUUUCGUGCCGGAGCUGCCAGAAUCGCCAGUGCCGUGCUUCCGAGUGCUGGACCACGAGGGGGGGCUCGUUGAAGGCGCCGAGGAGCCCGAGCUGAGCCAAUCCGAAGCAGAGCGCAUGUAUGAAGCGAUGGUGGAGCUGCAGGCAAUGGACUCGGUGUUCUACGAGGCGCAGAGGCAGGGGCGCUUCUCGUUCUACAUGACCACGGCGGGGGAGGAGGCCGUUAACAUCGCCUCUGCUGCCGCCAUUCACGCGCAUGAUCAUGUGUUCGCACAGUAUCGCGAGCCAGGGGUGCUGUUGUGGCGGGGCUUCUCUCUCGCUGACUUCGCCAACCAGUGCAUGGGCAACCAGCUAGACGCAGGCAAGGGGCGGCAAAUGCCCGUGCACUAUGGGUCUGCGGAGCUCCGAUUCCACACCAUUUCGUCCCCCUUGGCCACACAGAUCCCUCAUGCAGUGGGGGCGGCCUAUGGGCUCAAGAUGGAGGGCGAGGGGUGCUGCUCCGUGGCUUACUUUGGCGAGGGCGCUGCAAGUGAGGGCGACUUUCACGCAGCUCUCAACUUCGCAGCAGUCUUGGAAGCACCUGUACUCUUUAUAUGCCGCAACAACGGCUGGGCUAUAAGCACGCCCGCUAAGGAGCAGUACCGAGGUGAUGGCAUAGCAGGGCGAGGGGCGGCAUACGGCGUCUCUAGUGUGCGGGUGGACGGCAAUGACGUGCUGGCAGUGCUGAGAGUGGUGAAGGAGGCGAGGGCGAGAGUGGUGGAGACAGGGAAGCCCAUUCUCGUGGAGGCCAUGACAUACCGCACGGGGCAUCACAGCACGUCGGACGACUCUUCCCGUUACCGCGGGGCGGGGGAGAUGGCGCACUGGCGCACACAGAGAGACCCCGUGGCGCGCUUCAGGAGGUGGCUGGAGAGGCGAGGGUGGUGGGAUGAGGAGCGGGAGAAGGCAGCAAGGGACACUGCCAGGGACGAGGUGAUUGCCGCACUGGAAGCUGCUGAGAAGCUCCCGAAGCCGCCUCUAUCGGAUCUAGUGAGCGAUGUGUAUGACGUCAUUCCACUCCAUCUGCAGGAGCAGGAGAGGGCGGUGCGCGCAGCCGUUAUGGGGAACCCCCAGGCAUAUCCUGGUGAUGUGCCACUGUAG